AUGGUCCCCGCCGAGGGAAGCCUCGCCGCGCUGCGCGCUGCCACCGCUGCUUAUGAGGAGAGGCGGGCUGCCGACGAGGCUGCCGCCUUGGCGCGGGCAGAGGCUGAUCGGGCCGCUGCCUCGGAGCUCAACGAGGCUGCCCGAGCGCUCUCCGAUUUCGAGCAAGAGCUCACGCAAGCUCGAGAGGAGUUCACGUUGCGAGCAGCGGCGUGCGACACUCUUCAGCUGGACUUGUGCCGCGGGGUUCUCACACGCGUGCCUUGGCUCGCCGCCGUGAUGUCAGCCGAGCAGGUGUUGGCGGCUCCCGAGCGUGCGAGGGCGUGGCUUCUCCGGGCCGAGGGUAUGGCGGCGGCUUCCGCGGGUUCGACGUACCCGACACCGCCCACCCUGCCGACCACGCCGGUCGUGGCGGAGGGCGAUCUCGAGCUGGGCUCCUGCGCCUCCGGCUGGGAGCGAGGGCGGCGUGUCGUUGCGACCGAGGUAGCUGAGCAGGAGGAGGAGGGGUCGCGCUCUGCGGAGCCUGCCGCCCCACCCCGCAAGCGCACGCGCAGCGAGCACACGCCCCAGGAGGCACGGCCACAGGCGAGGACGUGCUGGGGCGAUGUCGUCUCGGGCGGCACGCUGGGCUGCGAGGCGCUGCCUCCGCCGUCCGCCUUUCGCGAGAGGUUCUGCGGCCGCUGCCGGAAACAGGGCGUGUUUGUGCCCGCGUCGAGGGUGUGCGUGCCCGUCGGCGAGGGCUCCGACGAGAUCGCCAACCGCCACGGGCUCGGCUUCUGGAACGAGCCGUCCCCGUCCUCGCGCUUGCCUGCGCACCGCGUCGUGAACCAGACGUCCGACUGCUCGGGCCCGACGCUCGUGAUCCUCAAGGACGAGCUUCCGGGCCCGCUGCCCGGCCUGGCCGAGGCCGCCGCUCUGUCCUCCGGCGGCUGGGUGGCGUUCAGGGUGGGCCGCACGCUCAGGAGCGAGAUGGCUCUGCCGUCGGCCGUUGCGUCUCUUCUCUCGCCGCCCCCGCCGCCCGAGCGCGACACCCCUCGGGCUCGCAACGCAGCGGCCGAGGGGCGUGUCGAGGGGUCUGUCGAGGGGCUUGCGGCGGCGGCGCACGCGAGCGAGGCGUCUGGGUCUGGGUUGGAGGCUGGCCUCGAGCCCUUCCUCGCGGAGAUCUCGCGCGCUCUCGGCCCGCUCGCCGAGGCCGGCACGCCGCCGCCGCUUGGGCCCGACGAGAUGACGUGGCACUUCGGGGGCGGCAGCCCCAUCGACGAUCUGCUUCUCUCUGGCUCCGCGACACCGCCGCUGCUGCAGACGCGUCCGACUCUAGGGGCGGGCGUGCCGCCGCCCUCCAUGCCGCCUUCGCCGCCCUCCAUGCGCAUCCCACUGCGUUCGGACGUGGUGCAGUACAAGCCGGUGCAGCUAUCGCUUUCGGCGCGUCUGGGCGCGCUCGCACCGGUCCAGUUCUCGCUCGCCCUCGCGGUGGUGUUCGCCGCUCGUCUGGCCGAGCUCAACACCACCAACCCCGCCGGUCUCCUCGGUGCCGCGGGCUUUGCUGUGCUGGCCCUCGCCAACCUGGCACAGGCCUCGCCUCGCUUUGUGGCGCGUGCGAUGACCCUGCUUCUCGUCUGCUCCUCGACUUUGCGUCUUGUCAGCGUCCUUGUCCGCUCGCCGGAAGAGAUGGCCCGUGUCCUCGACAAGUUCGCAGGCGCUUCCUCGCGUCCUUCUUCGCGGCCCAGGCAGCCUCGGGCAGAAGCCUCGGUCAGCACGCCCCCCCCCUCCCACUCGGCGGGGCUUGCUCGCGGUCGCCCAAUAGAUCGCUUUCGCGGCGACAUCCGGAAGGAGCUGCCUAGUCGCUGCGUCCAGUGCCGGAGUGCGGAGAUUUGA